AUGGGCGGCGGCGGCGGCAGCAGCAGCAACAAUAACAACAACAACAAGGCGCCAGCCGCCGAAGAGGACGGGCCAGCGGCGCAGUCGCAGUCACGCUGGGCGCGCAUCAAGGCUGCAAUCCGGUCCAAGACCAAGGCAGGGCGCUUGGAGUCGCAGCAUGCCGCGAUAGAGGCGGAGAAGCAACGGCAGCGGAGAAUGGACCCGGCACCGUUUGUGUUCCGGCCUUACGAGCUGGCGGACCUAGUCGACCCGAAGAGCGUGGCGCUGCUGCAGGAGCGUGGCGGCGUGCAGGGUCUACUGAACGCGCUCGGCACAGAUGAGCGGCGCGGGCUGGCGCUGGACUUUGCGGGUGGUGUGCAGCUGGUCGAGGGAGAAGGAGAGGCAAAGGAUGUCGAAGCUGCUGCUGCACCACGAAACACGGAAAAAGCCGCAAAGGGCGUAAAGGAAGGGUUCGUACACGCGACGCGCGAGGAACGUGAGCGCGUGUACGGCGUGAACCGGCUGCCGGAGCGCAAGAGCAAGAGCCUGCUGCUGCUGAUGUGGCUGACGCUGCAGGAUAAAAUCCUGAUCCUGCUGUCGAUCGCAGCGGUUGUAUCGCUGGCGCUGGGGCUGUAUACGGACUUUGGCACGCACGAGGAGCGCGGGACGGUGCCCUGUGCAGACCCGCCACCUGGUGCAAGCGAAUGCGAGGCGCCGCCGGAGCCCAAGGUUGACUGGGUUGAGGGUGUGGCGAUCAUUGUGGCGAUCGUGAUCGUGACACUGGUCGGCUCGCUGAAUGACUACCAGAAGGAGCUGCAGUUCAAGAAGCUUAAUGCCAAGAAAGAGCAGCGUGACGUCAAGGUCGUGCGCCGCGGCGCACCGGCGCUGAUGAGUGUGCACGACGUGCUCGUCGGCGAUGUGCUGCAGCUCGAGCCGGGCGAGAUCAUACCGUGCGACGGCGUCUUUCUGCGCGGCCACAACGUCAAGUGCGACGAGUCGGGCGCGACGGGCGAAAGCGACAUGAUCCGCAAGGUCCCCUUUGACGAUUGCCUGCGCGACCUCGACGCGCACCGCGCAAGCGCGGGCAAACUGCCGAACCGCGACUGCUUCCUCAUCUCGGGCGCGCGCGUGCUCGAGGGCGUCGGCGAGUACGUCGUCAUCGCUGUCGGUCCCAACUCGUUCAACGGCAAGCUGCUCAUGUCGCUGCGCAGUGACACGGAGGUGACGCCACUGCAGGCGAAGCUCAACAAGCUCGCCGACCUGGUCGCCAAGCUGGGCGGUGGCGCGGGUCUGCUCCUGUUCGCCGCGCUCCUCAUCCGCUUCUUUUCCGCCAGCUCAGCGAUGCAGCAAGGGACCUUGUCGACGCCCGAACAAAAGGGUCGCAGGUUUCUCGAGCUCGUCGUCAUCUCCGUCACCGUCAUCGUCGUCGCCGUCCCCGAAGGCUUGCCCUUGGCUGUCACGCUCGCGCUCGCCUUUGCCACCAAGCGCAUGACCAAGAUGAACCUGCUCGUGCGCGUCCUCGGCGCCUGCGAGACGAUGGCCAACGCGAGCGUCGUUUGCACCGACAAGACCGGCACGCUGACCCAAAACGAGAUGAGCGUCGUUGCAGGGAGCAUCGGCGCGCACCUCAAGUUUGCCUUUGAGCUGCACGAUCACCAGGACCGCGUGCACACCUCCGCCGGCCCAGUGCCACGGCAGCAGCAGCACCCGCCCGAGGGCCGCUCGUCGAUCGAGCACCGCGAGGGCCGCAGGGACUGGGCCAUCGACCAGCAACAGUUGUCCAGCGUCGUCCGCGGCGCACUGCGUACGCUCCUCAACGACGCCAUCGCCAUCAACUCGACCGCAUUCGAGGAGGCCAACGAGGAGCACGACCACCUUCUCGACGCCUUGCGCCCCCGCAGUGGCGGCAGCAGCACGAAAAAUGCAAAGGCAAGGGCGGUCGAUGCGCCGUUGAGCCGAAAUGGAAACCCAGCUGGCCCCUCCUCCCCGUCGUUCGUUGGCAGCAAGACGGAAACAGCGCUGCUUAAGAUGGCCAAGGAGCUCGGCUGGGAAGACUACCGCACGGCGCGCGCGCGCCACGACGUUGUGCAGAUGAUUCCCUUUUCGUCUGAGCGCAAGUCGAUGGGGGUCGUCGUCCGCCUCGCAGACGGAAAGGGGGUCCGUCUCUUCGCCAAGGGCGCGUCCGAGGUGUUGUCCAAGCUGUGCAGCAAACACGUAGAGGUCCCGCAGCCACAGCCGGGCGAGGGCGAGGGUGGGGAUGGCGACUCGCGCGACGCCGAGCUGGUCGUGCGUGACUUUGAUGACGCGACACGCGAGAACAUCGCCAAGACGAUCAUCUUCUACGCUAACCAGACGCUGCGCACCAUCGCCAUCUGUUACCGCGACUUUGAGCAGUGGCCGCCCAUCGGUGCGCCCCUGACGAGCGCCAAGGUCGAGGUGGACUACAAGUGGCUUGCGCAGGACAUGACCCUGAUCGCCAUCACGGGCAUCGAGGACCCGCUGCGGCCAGGCGUGAAGGAUGCGGUCGCUGCGUGCGGGCGUGCGGGCGUUCAGGUCAAGAUGUGCACGGGCGACAAUGUGCUGACGGCGCGCUCGAUCGCGACGCAGUGCGGCAUCUUCACACCCGGCGGAAUCAUCAUGGAGGGCCCUGUGUUCCGCAAUCUAGGUGAGCAGGACAUGCGUGAGGUCGUACCGCGCCUGCAAGUUCUCGCGCGCUCCAGCCCCGAGGACAAGAAGAUCCUCGUCGAACGCCUCAAGAGCAUGGGUCACGUUGUCGGCGUCACCGGCGACGGCACCAACGAUGGGCCUGCGCUCAAGACGGCCAACGUCGGCUUCUCGAUGGGCAUCGCCGGCACCGAGGUGGCCAAGGAGGCGUCUGACAUCAUCCUCAUGGACGACAACUUUGCCUCAAUCGUCUCGGCCAUCAUGUGGGGGCGCACGGUGAACGACGCGGUGCGCAAGUUCCUCCAGUUCCAGCUAUCCGUCAACAUUGUCGCCGUGCUCGUCACUUUUGUCACCGCCAUUGCGUCCGACGAAGAGGAGUCGGCGCUGACAGCGGUACAGCUGCUGUGGAUCAACCUGAUCAUGGACACGCUCGCUGCGCUCGCGCUCGCCACCGACCCCGCGCACCCGUCACUCCUGGACCGCAAGCCGGACAAGGCCAGUGCACCGCUCAUCACCGUCAACAUGUGGAAGAUGAUCAUCGGACAGAGCAUCUACCAGCUCGCGCUCAUCCUCAUCCUCAACUUUGCCGGCGCCCGCAUUUUCCACCACACCCCCGCCGACCAGCUCGCGUACGAGACGCAGAAGCUCGAGCUGUCUGCGCUUAUCUUCAACGCGUUCGUCUGGUGCCAGCUUUUCUCUCAAGUCAACUCGCGCCGCCUCGACCGCCGGCUGAACAUCUUCGAAGGCAUCCACCGCAACCCGUGGUUCAUCGGGAUCAUGCUCAUCGAGAUCGGUGCGCAGAUCCUCAUCGUCUUUGUUGGCGGCGCCGCCUUCCGUGUCACGCGCCUCAGCGGCCGCGACUGGGCCAUCUCGAUCAUUGCCGGCAUGCUCACGAUCCCCAUCGGCGUCCUCGUCCGCCUGAUCCCGACUGAGCCGAUCGAGCAGGCUGCCAAGCGUUACCGCCUCAUCGCUGAUCCAGACGCGCUGCCAUCGUCCGCCAAGGGCCCCGCUGGCUCGGCACUGGAGGACGACUACGUGGCCCAGGCCAAGGAUUAUGAGGAGGCAACCGGCCUCGGCCAGGUCGCUGAGCGCCUCUCGGCCUUCUCGCGCAUCCGCGGCGGGCGUGUGCGCGCGACUGACUUUGUGCUCAAGACGCGCGCGAAGCGCAUGCGGGAGGCCGACGUCCAUCCACACUCGCUCAUGGCCCUCGUACCCGCGCUAAUCGGCGCGAGCAUCGGCUCUGGCUGGAAGCCGACCAACCCGCGCGAGGCGAGCAUGAAGGACCCUGCCGCUGGUGACCCAACGCUCGAUAGCGUAGAGCUCUUCCGCGGCGAGCGCCUCGUCUUCCAUCCCGAUACCAAGGACGAUGAGUUUCUCGAGCGGCUCAAAGGGGGGCGCCACUAA